GGCGACCGUGAACAUAGUGGACAGCCCAUUCAUGAGUCGUCAUGACAUGAUUCUUCAUCAUCAUCAUCAUCUACAAUAUCAACUUCGUUCAAAAACUUCCAGAGGACCUCUUCGACUUACCUGAACUUAAAUUGCGGUAUUUUCAAAUUUUUGUGGGUGAGAAAAAGCUUAUAAGGGGGGUUUCUGUUCCUGAGUUCCGACUUCCUGUGAAGGGAAGAAAAGGUUGUUAGUUUGUUGUUACUGUUCUUACAGGUAUUCGAUUCGAUUUGGCGCUGCGAUUACCAGUGGUUGAAUUGAUUAGGUCGCCUGGAUUUCGCCUCACAUUUGGUUCCUCCCUUUUUUUGUGUUUCAUGGUGAUGGGGCAGGACGGCACGAUUUUGAUUGGAGUUGACACCUAAAGUUAGGGUUUCGCUUUUGGGCUUAUAGGGUUUCAGUGAUUCAAAUCGCAUUACCGUGCGAGGAGGCCAUGCCGUCGACAAUUUUUACAGCCAUCACCCUGGAUAGGUUUCUAGAACCGAGUAAUUCAGGAACUCCGAAAUCCAGCACUAGACCUCCUAAUUCGAAGCUGGGUAGACGACAUUCAUCGACGGAAACGAUAAGAAAGAACUUGCCACAUCUAUCUCCAGCGCUCUAUGCCACCCCUGAGGUAACCCCUGUACCCGAUUCUCCAUCGUCCGGAGCCUUCCCUCCCUCCCCUUACAUCGUCAAUCACAAACGGCGUGGUCCCCGUCUUCUUAAGAGCGUUUCUCAGAACGACAUCCCCUUGAACCAACGAGCUACAGAAGGAGGCACUACCACCGAUGAGAAUGGAAGGGACUCAAACUCAGAGGUUGUUGGUUCUACCCAGGAUCUUCGACCUCCUGCUAUUGUUACUGCUUGCAGCCCAAAUAAGGAGGAGCCGGGUCGGAAUGGUUUCCAUGAUGACGAUAUUGGAAACAGCAGCUUGGAUGACAGGUUGGUUAGGACCGAGGAUUUGCCAAAGUCGGUCACAUUCAAUUUGGAAAGAGACGAAAGAGAAUGUGAGGGUGAAGAUUUCUAUGAUCCUCAGGAUGUUCCCGAAGUCAUUGCAUUGCCCAUCAGGGGCGGCAGUAUUCCAUACCUGGAAUGGAUCAAAAGCAGUACGAGGGAGUAA